AUGGUGCUGCCCGAGCGAGUUAAGCUGCUGGAGCUCGGCGCUGCGUCACUCUGCUCGGAGAAGGGGCUCGGGGCUGGUGUCUGCAGCAUGGAGAAAGGACUGGUUGUUACUCAGCUGGAUGUUGAGCCUGGUGAGUGCAUCAAGGUGAAAGGGAAGAUCGAGUCUGAUGCCAAAGGGUUUGCUGUGAACGUCGGGAAGGACAGCCACACCCUCAUGCUGCAUUUCAACCCUCGCUUUGACUGUCACGGCGAUGUUAACACCAUCGUGUGCAAUUCCAAGGAGGAUGGCACGUGGGGAGAGGAGGACAGGAAGGCUGACUUUCCCUUCCAGCAGGGCGACAAGGUUGAGAUAUGCAUCUCCUUCGAUGAAACUGAGGCAACGGUGAAGCUGCCCGAGGCAGAGUUCAAGUUCCCAAAUCGCCUGGGCAUGGAGAAAAUUGAAUACCUGGCAGUGGAGGGUGACUUCAAAGUCAAAGCCAUUAAGUUCAGCUAA